UCUGCUGUAUAUAAGGUCCCCCUCUUCUGAGACCCGAGCCAGAACGACAAAGAGAGUACAACCUUCUGCUACACCACGGAGAGGAGCAAAGACUAAACCCUGAACUACGGGAUUAUAAACAGCCCCAGUUAACUGAUUUGAAGACAACUUGUGUAUAUGUGUUUUUUUUAUUUCAAUCUGUAUAAAAGGAUGAUGGCUAAUUGUUUAGAUAAAGCCCUUUUUGCUUUCUUCAUUACAGCACAGGUUUUCACACUAGCUUGGUCCCAGAUGUGUCCCCGGAGAUGCUUGUGCCCCAAGGAGCCCCCCAUGUGCUUCCCUGGGGUGCCCCUGAUUCUGGACGACUGUGCAUGCUGCCUGGUUUGCGCCGGCCAAAUAGGGCAGAUUUGCUCUGAGAUGAACCCAUGUGACACACGCAAAGGUCUGCAGUGUGACUACUCAGCUGACAUCCACAAGAGGGCCGGCAUCUGUACCGUUAAUGUGGGAAAUGUGUGUGUUUUGGACGGUUCUGUCUAUCAGAAUGGCCAGACCUUCUUUCCAAGCUGUAAAUACCAGUGCAUGUGUCGUGAUGGGCAGGUAGUCUGUGUGCCACGCUGCAACUUGGAUGUCAUGCUGCCUGGACCAGAUUGUCCAAUGCCACGUAAGAUUCAGGUGCCUGGAGAGUGCUGCGAGAAGUGGGUGUGUGAGCCCCAGCCUGAAGCUAGUGCACUGGGAGGCUUUGCCAUGGCUGCCUUUCGUCAGGAGGAAACGGUGAGCUUUGAUGGUUGGGACCCCAGCUUGAACUGCAUUGAGCAAACCACAGAGUGGGGGGCGUGUUCUCAGACAUGCGGCAUGGGGGUGUCCACCAGGGUCACCAAUAAAAACGAUCAGUGCGAGAUGGUGAAGCAGAGUCGGCUGUGUAUGACCAGACCCUGUGAUGAGCAACAGGAACAACUGACACAGCUUGCGACAAAGCAGAGAGGCAGUAAAUGCCAGAGGGUGGUGAGGAGUGACAAAGCCAUUCACCUUUCCUAUAAGAAUUGCACCAGUGUCCAAGCCUUCAGGCCUCGCUACUGUGGCUCCUGCACAGAUGGCCGAUGUUGUACCCCUCACAGAACCAAAACUGCCCUGGUCGAGUUCCAGUGCACCAACAGUAAAACCACCAGGAGGCCGGUCAUGGUGAUCCUGACCUGUGUCUGCCACAGCCACUGCCCUCGAGACAAUGCUGUGUGGCAGCCAUCAGAGCUGGGAUACAGCAGUAUGAGAGUAUAAAGUUUAGAGAAUGAUCAUAAUGAUUCUAUACAGUGCAGAUCAUGGCUGAUGACUGCAAAUUGUUGGCUAUCUCUACUAUAUGGGUUGCAUUAACUCAAAAUUUUAGAUUAAACAAUCUACUACAGUACGACUGUUAAUACUGUACAGUAAAGAGGCCUAUGAUUUGUGACAUUUCACAGCAGGAAAAAAUCUGAUGUCAAACUUGUAUCUCUCCUGGAGAGGGAUUUAACUGCGUAAUAUCCUGUGGACAAAUCAGUCUUAUUUUAGCAAUACUGAGAAUAAUCUAAGCACUUGAACUGUGUGGUGUAUCCAGCUACCCCGAUUCUGGAGAUCAAGCAGAGAUUGUUGUAAACUAUUUACAACCAACUGUGCUGAAAAAUUGCUUAUUCUUUAGCUUUUGACCAGUCAUUGAGCUGGAAUGUUAUUUUUAGUUUGUGAAUGAGGAUUGUAAUACACCUUCUGCUCAGGAGGUUAAGUAGUUGGAAGUUAAAUUGUUGCAGGUUUGUGCAAAAUACAACUGUGAUGGAAGAACGACUAAAAUCUUAAAACCAGAGCAUUUUGUUCAGCCUAAAUUAUGAGACUGCAGGGUUCUGCAAAAUAAUGUAGCCUAUAGAUUCAUGAAUGUCCCAUUUGACUUAAACACCUUGUGCUAUCGCUGAUGAAAUAAAAGAGCAGACAAGGUUAAUAAAAUAAAUAAAUGAGGCGAUCUGUAAGUUUUUUUGACUCACACUGCCAUGAAACUUCUCCAAGUGCAGGACACAUUUUUUAAAUAUCUGAACUGUGUGCUUUGACAUGGUCCCAAACAGGCUCAGCCUAUGAGAGAGGGGUCACUGUGGUGUUUUAGUGCCAGUUCUAACAUCUGCCUGAAAUCUUACGCAAAAUACACAAUCUGUACACGCCCAUCAAUUAAUGUAAACGUGUGGUUUAGAGGGGAAAUUGUGUUUGUGUUUUAUGUCCCUGUUUGUUAAAAGUAGAAUACAUAACAGCUAUUUUAAUGGUAGCUUGUUUGACUGAGUGUGUAUCAAAUACACAAUUUUAAUCAUGAAAACAUUUGUAUAUGUUAGUAUAUGAUGUAUUUGUUUUUCUACUUUUAUUAUACUUCACUCUGUUUCCUUUGU